AUGUAUCAUCCCACAAAACCCUUGACCUUCCGGUCGGCUCUGGCGGCUUCUGCCGUUUUCCUGGCUGCCAGCUUGCCCGCUGCCCACGCCUAUACAGAGGUAUACAACGGCUGUUACUCCAACUCGACGCCAUUGACGGACCAAGGAACCUACACAUAUCAAAGUGAUGGAUACUGUCAGAAGCUGUGUUUGAAGGGCAGCUACACCGUGUUUGCUUUACAUAAUGGACAGGACUGUCUCUGUGGCAAUGAGUUGCCUGCAUCGUCGGCCUUGGUUUCUGACAGCAAAUGCAACAUCGAAUGUGCCGGUUGGCCUAGUGUGGACUGUGGUGGUUCCGAUACGUAUUCGGUUUACCUCACUGGUAUGGAUAACGACGUUGAAAACUAUUCCGCCUCCUCAAGUACAACAUCUAGUGCUGAGAGUGGAACGUCCGCUACAUCAACGACCCAACAACCCCAAGCCCACGUUGUCACCAGCGCUGGUACCACACAAACAGUAUAUGAGACAGCAGCAAGCGAGACGACGGCUGCAAAGGCCGAAAGUGCCACGACCUCUGCGGCAAGCAAGGAUAAGUCGACCGCCAGUACUGCUGCCAUUGCUGCUGGCGUCGUGGUGGGUGUGGUUGGCUUGUGCGCUAUUGUCGGUGCUGGUUUCUUCCUGUGGCGCUUCAAGAACCGGAAAUCUGUUGAGGCCCAGUACCGCCGCAGUGUUGGUGUGGACAACUUUGGCAAUCCGAUGUCCCAGAACUCCAUGUCGGAUUCUAGAUUUGACGGCGACUUCAUGGCGCAGAGGCGUCAAAGUAACGGCAGCAUCGACGAUGACCAGGAUUUCUCGCGUCGGAUCUUGCAGGUGAGACUGACUCGGUGA